CGCAGCUGACAUACGGCCGCACAUGAACAUCGUCGUCUUGAGCUAUAUAGCUAGCUAUCCCUGACUUCAAUACUCCAUUCGACUAACCGGCCAGGCUGCUACCCUUGAAAUUCUCCAAGCCUAGGACACCACCCCACUGCCUGACUAUCAGAACACCUUCUGCCCACUCACAACCCCAAGACUGGAUGCCUCACUACGCAAUAAACCGCCAAUGAUUCGUUAACUCCGAAAAGGACAACAGCGUGACAACUACAGACCCGAGGCAUUUCAUCCAACUCCUUUUUUCUCCCACUCAUUCACGAAUAGCGCCUAUGCUUCCCCUCCGCUCUCCCUGAAUCGUUCGUGGGGUAUAACAAUUACUGUGGGUCACCGCUUAUCGGCCAUCGCGCUACGCCAACACCCCCAUGGUACAAAUACAAUCGACUGCGCAACCCGUCCACGAAACUUCGCCCCUCAUGGAGUCGCGGCAUGGGAAUGACUCCGAUGUACAGUUUGAGGGGGGUCAUGUUGAGUUCGAGGGCAAGGAUUUGGAUGAUUCGUCGAAGAGUGGAUGGUAUUUGUUUUUGUUGACGAUUUCCAUUGGAGGGCUACAGGUUGUUUGGUCUGUGGAGUUGUCCAAUGGUUCGCCCUACCUGCUCUCACUGGGAAUGAGUAAGGCUCUUCUCGCAUUCGUGUGGAUAGCAGGACCCGUGACUGGUACCCUGGUGCAACCGUAUAUCGGUAUUCGAAGCGACAAUUGCCGACAUCCAUGGGGCAAGCGGAAGCCGUUUAUGGUUGGUGGUGCCGUGGCACUCAUCAUAUCUUUGCUUGCCCUGUCUUGGGUGCAGGAGAUCAUGGGUGGAUUUUUAUCGAUCUUCGGCGUCGAUCGACAGUCCGGCGGUGCGAAGAUCACGAAUAUCGUGGUCGCCACUUUUUUGAUGUAUUGUCUGGAUUUUGCGAUUAAUACUGUGCAAGCUGCGAUUCGAGCGUUUAUUGUGGAUAACUGUCCUGCUCAUCAGCAGGAAAUUGCUAACGCCUGGGCUAGUCGGCUGACAGGCGUCGGCAAUAUUUGCGGCUUUAUCUUUGGGUAUCUUGAUUUGCCAAACAUCUUUCCAUUCCUUGGAAAGACGCAAUUCCAAGUUCUCUGCGCACUGGCUUCCAUAUCUCUCACCGUCACCCUGCUCGCUAGUUGCCUCUACAUCAAAGAGCGUGAUCCCAGACAGGAUGGACCGCCGCCUUCCGAUGGUCUAGGCCUCAUUUCUUUCUUCCGCCAGGUCUUCAAAUCUAUUCGCAAUCUUCCACCGCAGAUUACGCGGGUCUGUGAGGUGCAGCUCGCUGCGUGGGCCGGAUGGUUCCCAUUCUUGUACUAUGCGACUACCUACGUUGGCCAGCUUUAUGCUAACCCCAUCUUUGCGGAUCAUCCUGAUAUGUCGGAUGAUCAGAUUGAUCGCACAUGGGAGGAUGCCACUCGGAUUGGCACAUCCGCACUUCUUGCUUAUGCCAUUAUCUCCUUCGUUGCUAACAUUGCCCUCCCGCUCUUUGUGAUCCCCACAUCUGGACAAGUGUCCGAGACGACGGCCCAUCAUGAACGAGUUGUAUAUCCGGAGAGCGAGGACGGAGGUGCCACCGGAGAUUCUUAUGAGCCACUCCUUGAUGGAACGCCUCAUAAGAUUGUUGAGGAAGAGCCGACUUGGUUCUCUCGACUGCAGAUCCCCGGUUUGACACUUCGCCGAGCCUGGCUCAUUUCACAUAUAAUUUUUGCACUAUGCAUGUUCAGCACUUUUUUCAUCUCAUCCUACCCCGCCGGCUCGGUGGUCAUUGCUUUCGUCGGAAUAUCCUGGGCCUUGACACUAUGGGCACCAUUUGCCCUGAUCUCCGCCGAGGUAGCCCGUAACGAUAUCACACGGCGCCCACAUCGUCACGAAACAGGGGGGGCUGCUUCGGCGACAGAGUCUGGAAGGAGGCAUACUACUACCUCCGGAUCUUAUGCACACGUUUCUAGCGAGGAUGAUGAUGAAGACGAAGAUCACGACGAUGCCAGAGACCAUGACUUUGACAAUAGUGGUUCAAAGCCCGUUCCUAUCAGUGAGGAAGAGAACGUUGCGCAAGCGGGAAUUGUUUUGGGUCUACAUAAUGUGGCAGUUUCAUUCCCCCAGAUAUUUUCCAGUCUGAUCUGCAGCGCCAUUUUCAAGGUUGCGCAGAAGCCGCGCGGCGAGCCAUGGGAUGAUAGUGUGGGAUGGGUGCUUCGAUUUGGUGGAUGUGCUGCAUUGGUUGCGGCGUGGCUUACCAAGAGGUUGGCCGAGGGCUCGAAAUGAAGCCCUUGGAUCAGAUUGUAUAUUGAACCAUCUGUUGACUCCAAGAUCACUUGCAUCCGACCUUUUCCUCAAUUCUGCAAGAGCAUGCCGAUGAUGUAUUUACUAACGGGAGGCAAGUGGGUCAGCCCUGGACGAUGCAGUCAUCGCCAGAACGUAGGGGCCAAUGAUAUUUAUAACACGGUCACGUCCUCGUUUUUUCCAAGUGUUGACGUAGACUUGUUAGCAACGAUAUACUUGAGAUAGAAGCUAG